CCCACAGUGGACACGCUCGAAGAAGGAGCCAUGGCGAAAGCGAUAGGGGUCCGGCACGCCACACCCCGACGAUGGGCCUGCUCCUUAGCUGCACUGUCACUUCUGUGCCUGGCAGCCCAAGCAGUCCAGAAGGCAGACCUUGGCGGGGAUUCUACGGUGGCCACCAUCAACCACUCCCUGUCGUUGCUGCAGCGAUUACAAGAGCUCAUGCACAAUGGGAAUGCCAGCGAUACCACCCUACGGGUGCGCACAACCGGCUCUGAUGAAAUCAAAGUCUUCCACACCCACCAGCUGAUGCUCAGCUUGCAAAGUGAGAUCUUCGAGAGCCUCCUGCACAACCAAACCAUGCUGACCCUCCACGAGUCACCCGACAGCGCUGCCCUUUUUGAAAAGUUCAUCAGGUAUCUGUACUGCGGUGAGAUCUCCAUCCUCCUCCAUCAAGCCAUCCCUCUUCACCGACUAGCUAGCAAAUAUCGGGUCUCCAGUUUACAGCGGGGGGUAGCUGAAUAUAUGAAGAGCCACUUGGCCAGUGAGUCAAACCAGGGCCAUGUGGUGAGCUGGUAUCACUAUGCAGUGAGGAUUGGCGACGAGGCUUUGCAAGAGAGCUGCCUCCAGUUCUUAGCCUGGAAUCUCUCCGCUGUGAUGAACACUGCUGAGUGGGCCUCGGUGAGUGUAGAGCUGCUGCUGCUGUUGCUUGAACGCUCUGACCUGGUCCUUCAAAGCGAACUGGAACUGUACACCGCUGUGGAGGAGUGGGUGGCUACGCAUCAGCCCGAGAGCCCAGUAGUCGAGAAGAUGCUGAGGUCUGUGCGCUACCCUAUGAUCUCCCCCAGCCAUCUCUUCCACCUGCAGAAGCAGUCUUCGGUGAUGGUGAAGCACUAUAACGCUGUGCAGGACCUGCUCUUCCAAGCUUUCCAGUUCCAUUCUGCAUCCCCGAUCCACUUUGCCAAAUACUUUGAUGUCAACUGCAGCAUGUUCCUGCCUCGCAACUACCUCUCCACCUCUUGGGGCUCCCAAUGGGUCAUUAACAACCCGGCUCGGGAUGACCGCAGCACCAGUUUCCAGACCCAGCUGGGACCCAGCAAUCAUGACUCUUCCAAGCGGGUGACUUGGAACGUCCUGUUCUCCCCACGCUGGCUCCCUGUCAGCUUGCGUCCUGUCUAUUCUGAUUCUGUCUCAGGAGCUAUCCAGUCUAUUAGGAUUGAGGAUGGGCGCCCUCGCUUGGUUAUCACUCCAGCCACAACGAGCUCUGACUUUGCUGGGGUAAGUUUCCAGAAGACCAUCUUAGUGGGGGUGAAGCAGCAGGGCAAAGUCUUUGUCAAACAUGCCUACAGCUUCCACCAGAGCACAGAUGAAGUGGCUGACUUCCUGAUGCAUGCCGACUUGCAGAAACGCACUUCUGAAUACCUCAUUGACAAUUCCCUGCACCUGCAUAUCAUCAUCAAGCCAGUUUACCAUUCGCUGAUCAAGGUGAAGAAGUAGAAAGAAGUGGGAAGAAAAGGAAUAGCGGGGCAAGGCAUGGGGUGAGCUCUGCUGGCUUGCAUUGAAGAACGGUGACUCAACCACCAUCCACUGCAAAAAGUUUGAUGCAUAAUCUGUAUUUUGCAAUUUAUGGAUGCCAGAAUGACUUUUUGGGAUAAGCGCACAG